UGGCUUAAUGCAUUAUUUUCUUGUUAUAAUAAUUUUUUAUCGAUUUUCAGCAUGGCCUCUCCCAUUUAAACACUUUGUGGUGAAAAAAAAUAUAGUGAACUAUAGAUUUGACAAUUAAGGCAAAUAAACAUAUCAAACGUCAUUAAUAAAUCACCAUGACGACAGCUUAGGGCUAUACUAUAGAAUAGGCGGUUCACCCGCCGCAAGAAACUCGAUUUAAUGUAGGUAUUGUAUGCAUACUACACUGCACGGUUUCUCACCGCGUUUCAUAGGCAUUGAAAAUACGACCGCUGAAUGCAGCGUCCAACCGCCGCUUCAAACUAAACGAACGGUUUUCGGAGGGUUUUCGGCUAUUAAGUAAUUUUGUAAGGGAGAAUGGCGAGUCUAUGUGAAUGAACAAUAGAUAGCGAUAAACCGCAGCACGUAAAAUUUGAUGGCCUGCGGCAACUUUGUGGGACUUAGUCCCGCGGCGGUAAAACUGCCCCUGUAUAGUGUUUGCCUUACCGCCAUGAUGGGUUUUUGUUGUGUGUUGCAAUUUAAACUGUACAAUUUGUUAUUUUACAGUAAAACAAAGCCAAAAUAAAUUAAUUGAAUCGUUGAAAACGGUUUGAAUUAUUUUUUCCUACUUUUUAGUAUGGUGUUCAAAGAGUGUGCCGGGGUUCCAUACCCUUUGAAAUAUCUCCUUUUGCAAGUUUCGGAGCAAAACAAAGACAUCUCAAAUUAUUUUGAGGUAUAUUACUACCCCGAUCGAUAAGAUCACGCUGCAUAUCGAAUGUUAACUCAGGAGUUCUGCGGUUCGUGACAUCCCAGCGGCGUGCGCGCGGAGCGCAGUGACGACGGUGCGGUGCGCCUCGCCGGGCCCGCCGGACGCGCUCAUGCCGCACCCCGACCACUGCGAGCUGUUCUACUACUGCGAGCCCAGCGGCGCCGCGUGCCGCCAGUGCCCCGCCGGCCUGCACUUCAACCCGCGCCUGCACGUGUGCGACUGGCCCGCCAGCGCCGGCUGUACCGCGCAUGCCCUCACCACCACUGCCACGGACAUACCAGUAAAGGAGCCCACAGCUUUUGCCACUCAGUCUACCAACACACCAGAAGAGGAAACCACAGCGCGUGCAACUCGGUCUACUAUCACGCCAGUAGAGGAGCCCACAGCUUAUGCAAAUCGCUCUACCAACACACCAUUGGAGGAAGACACAACGUAUGCUAGUCGGUCUACCAUCACGCCAGUAGAGGAGACCCCUGCUUAUACAACUCGGUCCACCAGCACAACAGUAGAGGAGACCGAAGCGAGUACAACUCGGGCUACCAACACACCAGUGGAUGAGAACACAGACUAUGUAACUCAGUCUACUAGCCCACCAGUAGAGGAGACCAAAGAGGUUGCAACUCAGUCUACCAACACACCAAUAGAGGAGACCACAGCACAUGCAACUCAGUCUACCAGCCCACCAGAAGAGGAGACCACAGAGCAUGCAACUCAGUCUACCAGCACGCCAGUAGAGGAGACCACAGCGCAUGCAACUCAAUCUAAAAGCACGCCAGUAGGGGAGACCACAGAGCAUGCAACUCAGAUUAGCGAUACACCAGUAGCUAAGACCUCAGCGCGUCCGCUUACAACCCAGUCUACCAACACGCCAAUAAGAGCGACCACAGCGUUUACAAGUCAGUCUACCAGCACACCGGUAGGGGAGACAACAGUGUAUGCAACUCAGUCUACCAGCACGCCAGUAGACGACACCACAGCGUAUCCGAGUGCCGCCACAGACACAGUAGCAGUGGAGAGCAGCAAGCCGGGCGGGACCAGCCGCGCCAUCAGCACCGGCAGCUCGCGACGCACCACCGUCGGCUGGAGGACGCUCAACUAACCUGACACCAGUAUAACUGACGCCACUACGCCACUGUGGAUCUCCAUUAUACAUAAUUAUAAUAUACAUAUGUAGCUUUUUUAUAAUCCCAAAAAGUAUAAUUUGUUGAUUUGGUUUUCA